AAUGGUUUGCUAUUCACUUGACCCAGAAAACCCCACAAAAUCAUGCAAGUCAAGAGGUUCAAAUCUUCGUGUUCACUUUAAGAACACUCGUGAAACUGCCCACGCCAUUAAGGGUAUGCAUAUCCGAAAAGCCACCAAGUAUCUGAAAGAUGUCACUUUAAAGAAGCAAUGUGUGGCAUUCCAUCAUUACAAUGGUGGAGUUGGUAGGUGUGCCCAGGCCAAACAGUGGGGCUGGACGCAGGGUUGGCGGCCCAAAAAGAGUGCUGAAUUUUUACUGUACAUGCUCAAAAAUGCAGAGAGUAAUGCUGAACUUAAGGGCUUAGAUGCAGAUUCUCUGGUCACUGAGCACAUACAGGUGAACAAAGCCCCCAAGAUGCGGCACAGAACUUACAGAGCUCAUGGUCGGAUCAACCCAUACAUAAGCUCUCCCUGCCACAUUGAGACGGUCCUUACUGAAUAA